AUGAAGUUCCUCUCCUUCUUUCUCCUUCCCGUUUUAGCGUCCGCGAGUCCACGCAAUCUGAGAGCAAAGAUUGUAAAUGGUGAUCAGGUUGCCCAAGCGGAGCCCUUCUUUGGCUUCUUUGAGGUGGGGUGUGGCGUCAGCAUCGUUGCUCCCGACAUGUUGUUGACGGCUGCCCAUUGCGAGAACUGGGAUAUCCUGCGGCGACGUGUCUGGCUGGGUUCUACAGAACUUUACAAUGGGACUGUGCGUACUGUGUUGGACCGCAUACCACAUCCUGAUUAUCGAGAAGACAGCACGGGAGAGUAUGAUAUCAUGCUCAUGAAGGUCAACGCCUCCAUGUUUUUCGAAGCCGAUGGUGUGACCCCUACGGCCUUGGAGAAAAUUAACUUGAAUGACAAUGACCUGAUUCCAACUGCCGCUGAACAACUCCGUGUCAUCGGUCAUGGGCGGACAAGCUUCGCCGACACGGACACAUCCGAGCUCGAGGUAGUGCCGGAAUCGAUGUUUUGUGCAGGUCAAGGACCUCAGGGUUUUGGCGGAAGUUGCAAUGGUGAUUCGGGUGGACCGGUAAUUGAUCCUGUUACUGGCGUGCAAGUUGGCAUUGUGAGCUGGGGCCAUGCCUGUAGCCGUUAUGGCUACCCAAGUGUUUUUGGACGUGUUAGUUCUGCCUAUGAUUGGAUCAAUGAUGCUAUUUGCCAGAACCCAUGUUUCCCAGACCCAUCUCUUUGUGGCGAUACUGUCAGCUUUCAUCCUUGUGGUGGUGCUGGUGUGUUGUCAAAUGGAACCAUUGGUCUCAACUUGACCGUUGUUUCUGACUCGUUUCCUGGCGAAAUUGCCUUUGCUCUGGAGCAUGUUGAGUAUGGCUUGGAAGUCUACUUUCAGCCUUAUGACACAUACUCAUAUGCAGAUGUUGCUGGCCUGGGCUAUGGUGAAGACUUCAUUAUACAGCACAGCUUUGAAAACCUGCCCAAUGGAACAUAUCACCUAACAUUGGGUGAUGCUGACUAUGAUGGUAUUUGCUAUGGUUAUUCCACCUGUCUUGAUCAAGAAAAUGUCAUCUUGAGCUUCCUUGACUCCAAAGAAAGCAUCUGGACUCACUCAGGCGACUAUUACAGCGGCACUGAUAUUUACAUCAGAUUCGACAGUGACGGUAGUGUUGUGUUUGUCUCGGAAUAUCCUGAGGGAGUCGCACCGCCCACACCAGCCCCAACUGAAACCCCUAUCAUUUCGUACGACUAUCCUGGGGAUUUCCCGGAUGGCCCUUCUGAAGUGAUUGUCAAUGAAGGACCUAGCGGAUUGGAGUGGGGUUCAAAUCUCUACAGCUACAACCAAAGCAACUUGAGGCCUGAAACCCUCUACAGGUUCUUGUUCUUCGAUUCGUUGGGUGAUGGCAUCUUCACUUGGGGUGUCUCGAUCACCAACUCAUCUGCAUCUGUUGACUAUACAGACGGGACGGUUCUGUGGACUCUUCCCAAUAGUUUCAGAACUUUCUCUGAAGUGUACGUCUGGAUCGAUGCCCAAGGCAACUCAGAGGUCAUUGACUUUGUGAAAGUUCCCGCGGCCCGUUUUUAUCUUGGGGCUGCAUGUUCCCGGAUAAGCUUAACAACUGAACUCGGAACUUCCAUUUGUGAGGAUGCUUGCAGCAGAGGUGACUGCUGCUGGAACACAACUUCUGGGACUCUUUGCACUUCCUACCAGUCGGAGUGUGGAAACUAUGCCAAAUGCUCCAAUCUUCUCGUCCUUGGUGACGAUGCCAUCACGACCGAUGACGUGUCGGAAGCUUGCAGGAAUCACGCCGCUCAAGUCUCCCAGUCUAUUUCGGAGACUCUUUGUGAUAUCAUUUGCGAAUCAGGAGAAUGUUGCUUUGAUGACGAAGUUGAAUGCGACGCGGAUGUGGACUGCGACGUUUUUGAGCCAUGUUCCGUCGUAUUCGAAGAAGAGGACUUGGCUGUUGAGGCUGUUGAGAGGAAGCCGCGUCGCCCUCCUUACUAA